AUGUCUCCGCGUGGCAUUUUGAGCUGGUCAGUGCAUGAAGAAGAGAAUCUUUUGCCCUGGUUAGACGAAAAUCGUGAAUUGCCAUGGAAAGAUCUUCCGGACGCAUACAGACAAAAAUUUGGCGUGAAUCGAAGCGUUGAAUCUUUACGAGGCAAAAAAUACCAUAUUCUGCGGAAGAACGGUGGCACGACUGCGCGAACUCCAAGACGUCAAGGUCACCGUAAUCGACGAAAGCCCCGCCGUCGCUCGAUCGCACAGACGGUCAUACAUUCAAACGCUUCAGCCGACACCGCGACUCGAAGCAACAUCGAUCUGUGGUUUCAGACAAUUCUUGCGCCUGAAUCUGGUUCGGCGAAAAGUAGCGAGUCAACGAUGACAAAAGACUCGAUUUCAGAUCGUCUGACGCCGGUGCUAAGGAAGUUCCAUCCGGAGAAACCACGGUCGGCAUCAUGGAAAUGGGAAUAUGUGCAUCGUAUGGUGUGUCACUGGGAGAAUGGUUCUCGAAGGCACGGUGUAUGA